AUUGUCUGUAUGCAAAUUGAGCGUUUCGUCGAUGCUGAGGCGAUUGUUGUAAUAAGUAUGUGAUCCUAAAUCUCUUACUUUGAGACGCCGUUAUGUUCUAUGGAACUCGGAUGGCAUGGAGAUGGCUUUAUUUCUUAGUAAAGAAAUGCGUGGCGGACUACACAUUCAGUGAAUGUGUACGAGUGCUGUGUGCUUGCUAUGUUCCAAGAAGCAAACUACAGAAGCAUGCAUCUAUAGAUCUUUCUGACAUAAUUUACUACAUCUUCAAAACAAAAAAAAUCAACUUUCCAUGUUUUUUUAUCAAAAAUGAGUGAAGUCCUUGUACCUGACAUACCUGACAAUUUAAAUCGGCUGUUUGUGAGCUAUAGCGAAAGUUUCUCCAAAGCGGAAGCAACUGAAAUCAUCGCCGAUUUAAGAACGAAGCAACUCCAUCCAAAAUCCGACUCAUUGGAAUCUGAUGAUUUGUAUGGAACAUUAAAAGAGCUUUACAAGACUGGAAAGAUCGACGAAGAUAAUGAUGGUAUCACUUUGUUAGAGUUGAUUGCUGGUAAAGACCGUAUAACCAAAGUUACUUCACUAAUAAACGACUACAAGCAAUCUCACGUUACUUCAAAGGAUGACGGACUAAUUGGCCGAAACCAAGACAGGAGACGGCUACUCAAAUACUUGACAGAUAAGGAAAAUCACGCAAUAGGCCUUUACGGACCUUCAGGAGUUGGAAAAACCAAACUUGCCAAGAGUGUUGGAUCUGAACUCGAAAGGGAUUCCUGGGUAGUGUUGACUUUUGAUGCACGAGACUUGAAAGACAUUAGUAGUUUAUACAUGUGCAUUCUUUACGAGUUGGGUCUAACCACUCUUGCCAGGAAUGUGCAGGAAAUGCAGAAAGAACAGCCCUUAGCGGACUUGGAAAAAACGCGAAUAUUAUGUGAUCUGAGUGAUAAAAGUUCGCAUGCAAAAACUCUGUUGAUUUUUGACAAUAUCGAGGAAAAACUCGUUAUAAAUGACAAACAAUUUUCGGCCUUCAUAAAUGACAUUACUAACUUGCCAGUUUGUGACAUGGGAUCGCUGAAAAUUAUUAUCACUUCCACAGAGGAUCUUCACAGUUAUUUUGACUCGGUUAAACCUCAACUUCUUGAAUCAUUACCACUAAAAGAAUCAAGUCAGUUUAUUUGCCGAAGCUCAAAACUCGGGCAAAAACCUGAUUCUUCGAAAUAUUGGGAGGAUCAAGAUGUCGAGGCACUUAGCAAGAUUUCUGAAUAUUGCAGAAAACUUCCAUAUCUCCUAGAAGGCGCUGAGCAGAUAAUGAGAAAUGGUUUUAUCUCUCCAUUACAACUAUUACAAAAAAUUGAAGCACAAAUCGAAAAAGGAGUCCCAGAGAAUUUUGCUCUAACUGCUACACAAUUUGAUUCAAUCUCCAAUGAACGCCUUAAAGAGCUUGCAGUGAAGAUAUGUGUAUUCCAAAGGCCAUUUUCAGCGUCUGCAGUAACCAAAGUUGCAGAAAUCAGUCCAGACUUUGCUGCGAUCGACCUCGAAUAUUUAGUCAAGCACAGAGUUAUCACAAAAACAAUAUCUGACAACAAAGCAAGAUUUGACAUUCAUUAUUUAUUUAAAGGAUUUGUUGCUUCUUACCUAAGAAAAAAGAUUUCAGUUUAUGAUGAAGUUUACCAGAGAGCAGAACAAAUGUUUGGAAUACAUUUUGUAGACAAAUUGGUGGAACUAGCUAAUCAUCUAGAGAAAGAUUUCACAAGAGUUUACAAGAAGAUGGACAAGAAUAGGUUAAACUUCGAAAUGGCUCUUCAAUUGUCAACUAAAAAUAAGGAAAUCUUGGGGCAGCUACUCCAUAUCAAGUACCACGAGAGUAUUUGUCGUGUUGCAAUGCUGUUGGAAUCGUUGAAGAGCAUCGGUGAAAGGCGAAGAUUGUUUAAAACAUGGGCAGACGUUUUGGAAAAUGAAGGAAACCUAUUGAACUGUGCUAAUAUGAGGUGUUGGGAAUCGAUUCAACUUGCUGACAUUGAAGGAACAGCUUCAUCGGAAAGAAUACUUAAACAAGCUGAAGCAUGCCUAAAGCAAGCAUCGGACCAUUCAUCUCUGGAUGUUGAGCAGUUUUCUGCCAUUAAAGGACUAUUUCUUUAUUGCGAAGGAAAUCUAUACUACAGGAAACAUGUGAACCUUUCCAAACAAGAAAAGAAUAAGCAUGGACUAAUUGAAAAUGCUCUGAGGAAACUUGAGGGGUCGUUAGAAUUCCACAAGCAGAUUUAUGGUGAAGAUCAUACAAUGAUUGUCAGGAUACGUAACAUGAUUGGAAACUGUUACAUGGAGAAAGAAGAACCAGACACAGCUGAAAAGUAUUACUCGUUAGCAUUAGAAAUGAUGAAAAGGCUCACGAAUGGAACUGAAAACCACAGUGAAAUACCAACAUUUUAUAAUCAGCUGUCACAAGUUUAUGAGAAACUUGGUGAUAAAAAACCAGGAGUAUUUUCAUCAGUUAUGCAUCUGUUUGGUAGUAAAAGUGACGCAGAUAACUACUAUGAGAUGGCAGUUGAGUCAUUGAACAGAGCACUUCAACUAAAUGAACAACUUAACUUGAGCGACACUUUAAGCACCGCAACUUUCAACAGAAAUUUAGCUAAUAUCUUCAUGGCUCUUAAAAGGUACGAUAAAGCAUUAGAAUGCGCCGAGAAAUCCUACAAGCUUAGAAAUCGAUUGCUUGGUAAACAUCCCGAAACAGUCCGGAUUCUAUACCUGAAGGGGAUCAUAAACGAAUGGAGGAAAGAGUUAGGUGCAGCACUACAAAGUUAUGAAGAAGCAUUCAACAUGGAGGAGUUGUUACCGUUAGAAAACCACAGUGUUGUAGUUACUAAGCUUGGAAAUAGGCUAGAAGCAAUGUGCAGGAAAUGCAACGAGAAGAGAAAGCUCCGAGAGUAUAGACCCAGAAUAAAACAACUACUGGAAAUAAUUAAGAAACAGCCAGCUAAAGAGCAGCAUCGGAAAUUGGACGAGAAAGAGCUUUUAGUGUAA